CAUUUUUAGGUGUUUAUACCACGUUCCGUGUGUGUCUAGCUAGCUAGCUCACUGGUUAUUCUAAACACAGCCUCAAACAACAGCUAUCAUCUCAUCGUUUCAGCCACCAUUUUUUUCCUUAUGGCGUAAAUAACUUUAAACGGUUUUAUUGUGUGUUAGUUUGGCAUUGAAGCGAUCUUAUAUUUAUGCCUGGUGUUUUUAGGCAAGAAACAGUUUUCUGGGUCCGGUUCUUCGACAGUGGUUUAACAAAACCCGGAUUAGUUCACAUAUCCCGGAUUAACCUAGCUCGAUCUGAAAUGGAGUUUUUCCGGCUCUUCUAAAACAUAUUUCAUAGACUAUAAUAGAGCAGCUGACCGUUCAUGUAAGGAUUUAUAAAUCUGUGUAGACUAACAUAAUUAUAGCAUGGCUAAACAGCGGGCAGCAUAUUUCAGCGCUGCUGAAUUGCAGCUUAUAAUGGAAGGAUAUGAGGAAGUUAAACAUUUAAUAAAAACCAAAGGGAAUACUAUAGCUGCUGCAAAAGUCCGCCAGGAUGCAUGGCGAAAAAUAGCUGCCAAAUUAAAUGCAUCCAACCCUAUGGGACCAAGAAGAACGUGGCAACAAGUGAAGACGAAAUACAAAAAUAUCGUUCAAAGUGCUAACAAGAGAAAGGCUGCACUGAAGAAGAUGGGACUAAUCCCAACAAAAGAGGAGUACAUCGAUGAAGAAGAGCUGCCCCCUGAGGACAAUGUGGAGGCUCCUAUCAUAGCGAGCAUAGUUGGUGGCUGCUCCUCUGAUCCAGGAGAUACAGCUGGCUGCAGCAGUUAUGUCAAAGUGACUGAACAUGGACUGGCCCUGCUUCAGCCACCAGUAUUAUCAGAUGAAGAGCUGGACUCUGAACCUGUGGAAGAUGUUAAGACACUAUACAAGAAGUAUCUCAAAAUAGAGAUCUCAAACAGAAAGCAAGAAAUGGCAUACAGAGCUUUAAAAAUGCGCAAAGUGGAGAAAGAAAUUCAGUUACUGGACAAGAAAUUGGAUGUAAGUGUGAUAUUUGAUAAUGGAUCGUCAGAAUAAAGGAUAAAUGUACCUUUAAGAUCCACUAAAAUCUGUUUUCAGACAUUUUAGUUUAUGUUGGCGUAGUUUAGUUAGGAAAACAGGAAUACAAUGAAAGAGAAAUAUUGGUUUUCUAUGUUCAUUUCUGAAAUUUAAAAAUGAGUAAAGUGUCAAAAAUACAGUGAAAUGUAUUUAAAAUUCGACAGAGAACUGUGUCUCUUAAAUGACUAGAUAGAUAGAUAGACUUUGCAGUUAAAAGUAGGCUGAAUAGAAGCACUUGUUUGAAUAUUUAUUAUGAUUAUUAAUAUAAUUUGUCUCUGGAACUACAAUAGUAAGUAGAAAUGUGCCUUUUUAUUACUACAGCAAAGGCUGAUCUUUCAUGUUGAAAAUAAAGCAUUUGUUAUAUAUCUGACAUAAAGCAGAGUUGACCCUCGCCAUUUGAUUUCUGUCAUAUUCACAACUUAAUAUUUUGGAGAGUGAUUGUCAAACCUGGUCCACCAUUUCUGAUAGAUCUGAUUCAACUACUUUCCUCUUUAGAAGAGUGUUGCGCGAUCUAAACUGGCUAUGGUGAAAGAAGGAAUGUCAUCCAGUGUUGGUUGUGUCCAGUGUGAGCAAUAAAGUC